AUGGCUGAAAAAACAUCAAUUGAUGCCAGAUAAGUAUUCGGCUGUAUCAUCAAACUGCACAAGAAUUAUAAUCAGGGAUGUCAUGUUCAAAAGUUUGGUGAAGGCUGCCAUAUGGUUGGUAGCAAAAAAGAUGCAAAGAAGACAUUCUAGAGAUGGUAAAUUGAAGAUGAUCAUCCCAUGAAGGUAAUUGCAAGAUGUCUUCUCAGGCAAGUUCAUCAUCAAAGGAAGUGAUAACAAGCAAGCUAGUACGAUUAUCAGAUUGCAGCCUACAUAAUAAAACAUUGCUUGGUGGAGAGCUUUUAAAAUGGAUGGACAUUGUGGCCUGUUUAGCUGCUGAGAAACAUGCCGAAGUUCCUUGUGUAACUGCAUCUGUGGAUGACCUUCAUAUUGAGCACAGUGUCAGAUGUGGAAUGGUUGUCAAUUUGAAAGCUCGUGUAAACAGAGCAUUUAAUACCAGUAUGGAGAUUGAAGUACAUACUAAGAGUGAAGAUUUAUCUACUGGAGAUUCAGUUAGAGUCUGCAGGGCAUUCUUCACAUUUGUCACCCAGCCUGACAGCAAUGGAAAGCGAGCAACUAUCAAACCAGUUGACCCUCAAACUGAGGAAGAGCGAUUGCAGUAUCUGUUGGCCAGUGAACGAAAGAAAAUGAGGCUUGAUUACAAAAACACACUUCAAGAAAUGAAGCGAAACAAUUUCGAUGAAUUGUACUUUCUCGCAUCACAAGGAAACAAGGAUUCUGUUGUUUCACCCUCCUCCACAGUCUGCGAAAGUGUUGAAAUUGUUCUUCCUCAACAUGCAAAUCACCACCAAACUACUUUUGGAGGUCAGCUGAUGGCAUGGAUGGAAGCAAAUGCAACGAUUUCGGCAAGGCGACUUUGCCACAUUCAACCUCUUCUUGUUGCCGUUGACGAAGUUUUCUUCAGAGCACCGUCGAAAGUUGGUGACCGGGUUGUUAUAACUUCAAUAGUAAAUAAUACCUUCUCUAAGAGCUUGGAAGUCGGUGUGCGUGUGGAUGCUUAUGCUGUUGGUGGGGCAACUCGUCAUAUUGAAAGUGCCUACUUUACGUUUAUUGCUCCUGAUGAAAAGGGAAACCCGUCCACCCUGCCGUCCCUUAGGCCAGCGAACGAGCAACAAAAAUCGAGGAUGGCAAGGGCUUUGAGACGAGUUAAGCUGCGGCAAGAAAGGCGGGUUAUUCUUAGUUCAGGAGACACGAUGAUUUCUAUACCAUGGUCACAGAGCAACAGUCGUCUCAUCAGUUACCAAAGCAUCAAAUCCCUGCUAGAGCUUUACCGUUCAGCAGACUGGCAGCUCGCAGCAACCUUUACAAAAUUGAAGCUUUUCCAGUGUGUGAUGGAACAGUGUUUGGUCGUGAAAGGUGAAAUUGAGGUUGCUGUUCCAGCUUCGCAUGCAUAUAGCUAUCUUCGUGAUGAAAAAAAGCGACGUGAAUGGGACGGGAUGUUGAUUGAUGUCGAGGUCAUUGAAGAGAUGGAUGACGGGAGUGACGCACUUUUGCACUACGUCAUGCACAAUCGCAACCCACAGCAAAGAAUGAAAAGUGACGAUUUCGUUAUGCUGGUUUCAAGAAGACCAGCACGCGAGAAGAGUGAACCAUUUACGAUUGCUUAUCGAUCUGUUACUCUUGACUCGUUGCCACCCAAACCAGAAUAUAAUCGAGCUGAAAACCUUUGCUCUGGUUUUUUGGUUAAACCCAACGAAGCAGAUGAUAAAUCAUGCAAGUUGAAGCUUUUCCAGUGUGUGAUGGAACAGUGUUUGGUCGUGAAAGGUGAAAUUGAGGUUGCUGUUCCAGCUUCGCAUGCAUAUAGCUAUCUUCGUGAUGAAAAAAAGCGACGUGAAUGGGACGGGAUGUUGAUUGAUGUCGAGGUCAUUGAAGAGAUGGAUGACGGGAGUGACGCACUUUUGCACUACGUCAUGCACAAUCGCAACCCACAACAAAGAAUGAAAAGUGACGAUUUCGUUAUGCUGGUUUCAAGACGACCAGCACGCGAGAAGAGUGAACCAUUUACGAUUGCUUAUCGAUCUGUAACUCUUGACUCGUUGCCACCCAAACCAGAAUAUAAUCGAGCUGAAAACCUUUGCUCUGGUUUUUUGGUUAAACCCAACGAAGCAGAUGAUAAAUCAUGCAAGGUUAUUUAUAUCAAUCAGCUGACCAAGGAGGUUUAUGAGUACGUAAAAGGAGCACUCAAGGGUGUAUCUGGAAUUCAUGAGAAGAGAAGUGAAAAACUCAUCAACCGACUUCUUAACACAUAUAAGGGAGAAGAUACCCAGUUUUAGACAUAUUUUUUACAUUAACUGGUCAUUAGAUACCUUUUUUAUCAAAUGACUUUUGAUGCACUUUGAUAAUUUGAUAUUUUAUACCCACAUUUUAUACCCACAUUUUUUACUCGAGGACCUGAAAACUAUUUCCCUAAAAAUUUCUCGCUCGAGAAAUGCUUUCAAUAUUGCUACCAAUAGGAUUUUUACUUUGAAUGUUUGCAAUCAUAGUCUCAGUGAAAGGAGUCAUAAAGUGCGUGCUCUUAUUUAACUUUUUAGCUUACCAAUACAGGAAAAUCUUUGCAGCAUAUUUCUCUUUAUAACAAAUACCUGGAAUUGAAGCCAAAUUAUAAUUGUGGCAGAUAAACGUGAAUUUCAACAAAUCAUAUGAUCCGAUAUUUCAUAAUGAAGAUUAAUUGAAAUUGUUUUAUUUGAUCAUAUGAAAAUAUUUUUUUUGAUUUUUUAUAAAUACUUGGAAGUUUAAGUAUUCUAUAGAUUCAGGGACAAUAGCUUUCUGGUCCAGUUUUAUAUUUCAACGCACUUUUAGAUAUUUAUUUUUUUACACUUGGGAGCAUAUGAGUCACUUUUUAAUAAAAUUCUAACCAACUAUUUGAUGCCACUGUAAUUAUGUAUUUAUUUCUACUCAAUAUGUAAAUCUGUUUUCUUCCACAAACAGAGUGAUUUGCCAUUAGAGAUACACAACAAAUAAAUAGAAUAAAUGCACGUUUUCUUUAACAUAUACUAAAAGCAAUAUAAUUAAUUUAUUCUUGCUAAUUAAACAGGCGAUUAGGUUGUGGCCUUCUUUAAAAAAUCAAUGUAAUUUAUACGUAAGACGUGUAAUGCGUUUUUGGCGUUUAAGAAACACUUGCAAGACUUAGCAUAAGUAACAUGCCUAUAGUUUCACAAUACCCAACCUAUCACCCUUCUUUGGUUAGCUUCUUAAUGGUUUUGUGGAAGAAAUUUUUAGCUACGUUUUUGCAAACUGCACGUUUUUUAAAGAUUAUUUUUGUAAGAUAUGCAUCAUCUAUGUGUCCAAGAUUCAAUUUUAUUUUUGAUAUUCUGGUUUUGAUUAACGUA